AUGUGUUUACUAACCCAGAAAAACGCAUGGGUAAUGGGUUGCAAUUGUUCGUCGCUAGGCUCAGAGAGCAACGUGUGCGAUAUACGCACAGGCCAGUGCCGCUGUCGACCGCACGUCACGGGCCGCGCGUGCGACACCUGCGAGGAAGGCUAUUGGGGGUUGGAGCAGGGUGGCUGUAGACGUUGCGAGUGCGACGCAGGCACCGCCGCGUGUGACCCAGUCAAUGGGACCUGUGCCUGCUCAGUCGGAGUCGGUGGGAGGAGGUGUGACCGAUGUCUCCCUGGGUUCUACGGGUUUGGACCUAAUGGAUGCUUGCCGUGCCCCGUUUGCACUGAUGGACGAGUAUGUUCACCGAUAACUGGUAGAUGUGUGUGCCCCGCUAGGACUCGUGGACCGGGAUGUCAACACUGUGCGAGAGGAUACUGGGGUCGGUCUCUUGGAUGUAGGUCGUGUUCUUGUGGACCUGGAGCAGUAUCUGACAGCUGUGACGCGACGAGUGGACAAUGCCAGUGCAGGCACGGAUGGACCGGGCGGGACUGUAGCGAUUGUGCGAGCGGGUUCUUUGGACCAAAGUGCAGACCUUGUGGGUGCUCCAUCGCCGGGACUAAGGGUUGUGAGAAAGGCGUGUGUGCCUGUGAUCAGAGAGGACAGUGUCCUUGCAAGGAAAACGUUGUGGGAGAAAAAUGUGAUACCUGUCUCGAUGGUACCUUCGGCUUAUCCGAGAUAAACCCGGUGGGCUGCACCGCGUGCUUCUGCUUUGGACGCAGCGCGAAGUGCACUCAGGCUGCUGUCACACGAGCUGCGCUGCACGCUGCCACGCCAUUGCAUUUGAAAUUAUUAAAAGGAGAUAAUACCAUCAAGACGGAACAAGAAUUCUAUGCUAUCCGCACCAGUAUCCAAGAAGGCACGAUUCUUGUGCCUUGGCCUCCAGUACCAAUUUAUGCUGAACUUGGGGAACUGUUCCUUGGCGACCAUGUGCUGUCCUAUGGAGGCGCCCUUAGGUUUACGGUGGAAGAAGAGGGCGGAGAACCGCUUCCUCAGCACGUGAUGAGUAGGUUCCCUCUCGUCAGUAUUCACGGGAAUAAUAUUGUGCUGGAUUAUUAUGAGCGCAUCCCAGCGGUGAACGGUUCGCACGCGGUGUACCUGCACGAGUCGCUGUGGGAGGUGCGCGGGCGCGGGCGCGGGCGCGCGGGCGCGGCGCGCGCCGAGCUCAUGCUGGCGCUGCUGGACGUGCGGCGCCUGCUGCUGCGCCUGUCCACGCGCGCGCCCGCCGGCGAGCCCAUGCAUGUGCUAUUACUAAACGUGACCUUAGAAACAGCCAUAGCGGGUCUGUCUCGCGGCGCUCCUGCCCUCGGGGUAGAGCGUUGUCUCUGUCCCCGCGGCUACGACGCGCCGUCCUGCCACCGCCCCGCUGCAGGCUUCUGGAUACCACCUUCUCCUCCGAGGGUCCACCACGUGGCGGGGACUAUUGUGAUUGACGUGGAGAAGUCCAGGCCGUGCGAGUGCAAUGGCAGGGCUGAAAUUUGUCAUCCGCAGACUGGACAUUGUUUGAACUGCACGCAGCACACGGCGGGCCCGCGCUGCGAGCGCUGCGCGGAGGGCUACUACGGCGCGGCGGGCGCGUGCCGCGCCUGCCCCUGCCCCGCCGCCGCCUGCGCCGAGCUGCACGGCCGCCUGCAGUGCUUCUGCAAGCCGGGCUACACGGGCGCGCGCUGCACGGCGUGCGCGGCGGGCUGGCGGCGCGCGGGCGGCGCGUGCGAGCCGUGCGGCUGCGACGCGCGCGGCGCGCUGGCGCCGCACUGCGCGCCGCGCUGCGCCUGCAAGCCGCACGCCGCCGGCGACCGCUGCCAGCUCUGCGUGCUGCCGCGACACUAUCUAGACGAUGAUGGCUGUAAACCUUGCGACAACUGCACUCAAACACUACUAGACUCAAUCGAAGGACUAACAGCCAAAAUGCACUCAAAAGCAGAUCUGACCGAGCUAAGUCGAAUACCACAGCCUUUCCCAGCGUUACGAGAAUUCGCAGAAAAUGCAACAAAAUUACAUUCUACUCUCGAACACGUAAAGAAAAACACCCAAAAGAUCGAGUAUCUGGAACCUUCUAUAGCUAGAUUAGAAGAAACUGAACAUGAAUUAUUUACUAAAGCAAAUAAACUUAAAACAGAAGCUUCUAGAAGAGAAAACGAAGCUCAGUCAUUAAGCUUAGAAAGUAUGACGGGUCUAGAAGAAAUUUUGAAGCAGAAAAGUAUUUUACGAGCUGAAGUUGCCAAAUUAGAUGAAUUUGCGAGGGGUGAGAAACAUCUCAGCGCACAUCGAGCGUUGAAGGAAGCGAGGCAUUUAUUAAAAGAAAUCAAAGAGAUAAACCUUGUUGAUUAUAUCACUGGCGUGACCGAUGUAUCUGAUUCGGCAAAUUUUCUAUCAACAUCAGUCCACGAAUACAAAUACCGUAUAGACGAUGCUAUAAAGCGUCUUACCAAGCUGGAGUCUGACCUGGAGGAGUGGGAGCGGAAGGCGGAGGAGCUCCCGCGCCUCGCGCAGCGCGUGUGGACCGCGAGCGAUGUUGUCGCUGAAGUCAAGAAGGCAGUUACACCUAAACUGGGUAACGUUAGAGACUUUGAUCUACGAUGUCGAUUAGUUUUAGAGGAUAUAUCAAAACUCUCAACACUCAACCUCACCGAGCAGAUCCGUUCGGAUCUCCUCAAAACCCAGAAUCUCGCAGUCUCCUUCCCCGGUCUCCUCUCUGAGCUCAAGAACUUAACAUCUGCUGCUGAAGAGAAGGAAGGCAUACUGUACAACCUUACUCCCAAGUACAAGGAGAAAUAUCUGGAUGCAGUAGAAAAGCAUGUCAGUGUAUUGGGAGAAAAAGCGAAGGAGUAUAAAAACCUAUUCGCGGGCACGCGCGCCCUGGCGGCGGCGGGCGUGGCGGCGGCGCGCGCGUGGGCGCAGGUGGCGGAGCGCGUGCGCGAGGCCGCGGCCGCCGCCGCCGCCGCCGCCGCUGCCGCCGCCCUCGCCGCCCGGCUGGCGCGCGGCCCGCAGCCCUUGUUGCGCACCGCCGCCACCGAGAGGGCGGCCUCGGAGGACCUCAUGACGCGUGGGACCGAAGUGCUGGCUAAAGCUGAGGAGCUUCGUCACGAACUGGAAACAGCGCAACACCGGACCGACGCGAUCAGCGUGAACCUGCGCGCGCUCGGCUGGAAGGAGCGGUCCCUGGCGAGCGGCGCGGAGAGCGGCGCGGCCAGCGGCGUGCUGGGCGCGGCGGCCGGCGGCGCCUCCAUGUCCGCGCUGCGGCACGCCGGCGCGCAGGCCGAGCGCGUGUUCGCCAGCGCUCGGGCGCUGUACGACGAGGCGGCGGAGAUCCGCAGGAAAGUACGCUACCAACUGCGCAGGAAUCUCGCAGCGCUUCAGCGACUGGGUGAUACUGCGUUAGGCGCUGCUGAGGAACAUGAUCCGCGGCAACACGGUGCGCGGCGCGCAGGUGGCGGAGGCGCUGGCGGCGGCGGCGGCGGCGCGCGCGCGGCGGAGCACGCGGCGGCGGCGCGCGCGCUGCGCCCCGCGCUGCGCGGCCUGCGCGAGCGCGUGCUGCGCGCGCGACACGCCGCCACCACUAUCUCGGUGUCGCUUACGUCGCCGGCGGCGGGCGCGGGGUGCGCGCGCGCGUACGCGGCGUGGGGCGCGCCGGCCGCCACGCGCGCGUCGCUCGCGCUCAGCUUCGACGCCGCCGUGCGCGACGGCACCAUACUCUACCUGCCUGAUCAGGAGUCAGAGCGCUACCUGCGCGUGUCAGUGCAGGGCGGGCGGCUGCGCGUGACGUGGGACGUGGGCGGCGGCGCCGGCGCCCUGGAGCACCCCGAGGCGCUGCAGCCCGCGCUCGACGACGCCGACCACACCAUCUACAGGCUUCAUGUUGAGAGAGUGUGGGGUACCGUCAAGCUACGAGUGGAACGCUCUGGUAUGCCCGCCAUCACGACCACCAACUCCACCAGCACCGCGCCGGGGACUGGCCUGCUGCAGCCCAGCUCCUGGUGGCUGGGCGAGGAGUCCAGCCCGCUGCCCGCCUGCGUGCAUUCUCUUCACGCAGACCACACUGCUAUAGGCUUGUGGGCCUUCAGUAAACAGCCCGUGAAUGCUAAGUGUACGGGAUGUACGCAAAGAUGGUACAGCUCGUCGCGCAACAGCGAGGGCCUGGUGCGGCUGGGCGGCGCCGGCUACGUGGCGCUGCGGCGGCCGCGCCGCGCGCCCGACCGCCGCCGCUUCAGCCUCUCGCUCUCCUUCCGCACCACCGACACCGACGCCCUCUUGUUCUUGGCACACGACAAGGCUAAUAACCGUUCGGUGUCGGUGUGGCUGCGCGCGUGCCGCGUGGUGUUUGCGGUGGCGUACGGCGGCGCGCGCCUGCGCGUGGCGGGCGGCGCGCGUCACUGCGACGGCCGCCCCGCGCACGUGCAGGCCACGCGCGUCUUCAACGGCCUCGAGAGAGGCAGCCUGCGCGUGAACGGAGAAGAGACUCUGGGUUCCCCCUCUCCCCCGGUCCAGUCGGCUGCAGACCUGCCCGAGCUGACUGGCGCCACCUACUGGCUCGGUGGCAUACCCCCCGAGGGCGAAGGCCUAGGCUAUGACAACCUCCCCCUCAUGGGGUGCCUAGGAGGUGUAAUGGUGGACAGAGAAGGAUAUGACCUUUUGGAUACGCCCACUCGACAUGGCGUGGAGCCAGGGUGUAAUCCUAUGCCCAUGCGGUCGGCGGUGCUCGAGGGCGAGGGCUACAUCGAGCUGGCGUCGCCGGGCGUGCGGCGCAAGGCGUCGCUGUCGCUGUCGUUCCGCGCGCGCGCGCCCGCCGGCCUGCUGCUGUACCGCGCGCCCGCCGCGCCCGCCGCCGGCAACGAGGUGGACGACGAGGAUGGAGAUGACAAUCAUUAUUUAAUUCUGGCUUUAAUUAAAGGUGAGCUGGAGCUGGUCGCGAACGCAGGCAAGAGCGAGCUGCGGCUGCGGACGAACGGCAGCAGGUUCGACGACGGCGCGCUGCACACCGUGCGGAUGGUGCGGGCUCACAAACAAAUGGAGCUAUGGGUGGAUGAGAAGCAGCUGGCGGCGGGCGCGCUGCCCGGCGGCGCCCUGGCCCCGCGCCCCCGCGGCCUGUUCCUGGGCGGCGUCCCGUCGGGAGCCCCACAUUUACCCGUCGGGGGGUUCACUGGGACCAUUGCUGAUUUUAUUGUGGACUCUACGUGGGUGGGGCUGGAGUCGAGCGUGUCGCGCGCGGGCGCUCGGCUCGGGCGCGCCGAGGGCUCGCCGCGCGCCGCCGCGCCGCGCGCGCUGCUCGCCGCGCCCGACGACGCCGGCUGCGCCAAGAUGUCGUCCUACACGGUGGAGGCGGGCGCGGUGAAGUUCGGCGACGCGGCCGGCAGCCACGCCGCGCUGAGGGUGGCGCGCGCCCGCGGCAAGGACAAGGACAAGGACAAGGCGGAGUUCACGCUCUCCUUGCAGCUGCGGACCUUCGCCAGUGAAGGCCUGCUUAUGUUGAUGCCGGGCUCCAAGCUGAAGCCGAAGCACUACACGGCGCUGUGGCUGCGCGAGGGCCGGCCGCGGCUGGCGCUGCGCGGGCGCCGGCGCCGCGAGGUGGCGCUCGCCGCGCGCCUCGACGACGGCGCCUGGCACUCCCUCACGGUGCGCAUCUCGCGCACGCGCAUGUCGCUGUCGUCGGGCGGCGCGGCGGCGGCGGCGCGCGCCCCGCCGCACGCGCGCGCCGCGCGCCUCUACGUGGGCGGGCCGCCGCCGCCCGCGCUCGCCGCGCACGUGCCCGCGCAGGUGCUGCGGCCGGGCGGGUUCGUGGGCUGCGUGCGGCGCGUGGCGCUGAACGGGCGCGCGGAGGACCUCGUGCGCGACGCGCGCGCCGCCGCCGUCGGACAGUGCUUCCCGCGCGUCGAGCGCGGCGCCUACUUCGCCGGCGACGCGUACGCGGAGUGGGCGGACGCGCGCGAGGGCGAGGAGGGGGAGGAGUGGGUGGAGGUGCGCCUGCAGUUCCGCGCGGCGGCCGGCGCCGGCGUGCUGGCCGCCGCCGCCGGCGCGCUGCUCGAGCUGCGGGACGGGUUUGUGGUGAUCACGUCGGAGGGCGGCGAGCGCGUGGCGGCGGCGGCGCGCGCGUGCGACGGGCGCUGGCACGCCGUGCGCGCGCGCCUGGCGCGCCGCGGCGCCGCGCUGGCGCUGGACGCGGCGCCCGAGGAGCGCGCGCCGCCCGCGCUGCACGGCGCCGCGCCCGCGCCCGCGCCCGCCGCCGCCGUACACGUCGGCGGCCUGCCCGAGGGCGCCACAGAGCUGGCGGAAGGCAGAGAGAACUUCAAGGGCUGUAUAAGAGACGUAGUAAUCGGGGGCUCCCCGCGCGACUGGCGACACGCGCGCGUCCUGCACAACGUGCUGCUCGACUCGUGCCCUGUCACA